GUAACACCCUCGUCUUGAGAUGCCCCUGCUGGUAGGAUCUCGAAGUGUCUUUGCGUUGUGGGGAUGGGCGUGAUCAGGCUUAGGUCAUCCGUAGCUCGGGAGCCCUGAGGCAUCGCCGCCUUCGCCGACAAGGCUGCUCGAAAGCGGAUUGGUGAUGGCACGAGACAUAGGUCAACAGGAGACAUGGCAUCUUCACGGCCGUCGGCCUAUAUAAGACCUGCUCAGAUCCGGGGGAGAAGACCUGUGUCCAUCAGCAUCAUCAUCAUCAUCAUCAUCAUCAACACACCAGCAGAUCACGCAGAUCAGCUUCAAACCUUCACUCACCAGCAACCUCUACCGCAGCUCUCGCACCAGCUCCCACCACUCAAGCCUUCCACCUUCCCAACCAACCCUCAUACAACAGCAGUCGAAGCAGUCGAACAUCCAAUUCCAAGUAAAACAUUCACAAUGGCUGUCACCGGUUUCUUCGCCACCAGCUCCAUCGUCAACCGUGGCCGCUCCGGCUACAACAAGAGCAACUCGGACGACGACGACGAGAACAAGUUUGCCAACUUUGGCCGUUCCGGCUACAACAAGGGCAACUCGGAUGAUGAUGAGGAGAACCAGUUUGUCAACCGUGGCCGUUCUGGCUACAACAAAGAUGACAAGGACGACGAGGAUGACAACCAUCACUAGAUCAUCCUUUUGACCUCUCUUUCAUCGUUUUCGUUUCAGGCUUUUAAUUCUUGAGUUGCCGGUGGCUCACGGAGGACGAGGGUCAUGCCAUCUCUUCUUCUUUUCCUUUCUUUCCCUCUUCCUUUCCCGGCGCACUGCUGGGGGCUCUCAUCAUUU